UUCAUCGAAGUUUAAAGAUGUAUUUCAAGACCUAAUUGAUAAAACCAUCAACCAGAAACCGAAACAGUGAAUUUACGAAGAAGUCGCCUGAUACAAGCAACUUCCUCUCUUUUCGACUUUCCAGCUGCAGCUUAAAAGAGUGAGAGAAAAUACAAUGGAAGAGACAUGUUUAUUUGAGGGAAACGAUAUGGUUUCAGUUUAAGACCUGUUUCUUUAAAGGCACCAAAGAGGCUGGAGAGAAACAACGCUGUUUAGCUAAAGCCUCAAAUGGGGUCGUUUUAGUAUUUUCAAACUUAACAAUUGGGGUACAAAAGUGUGAAAUUUGUCAGAGAAAAGGCCGCCAGGGAAGCUCAUGGAAUCGUCGUAUCCCAAUAAGGCGUUAACCGAGACGCGCUUCUCCGACCUCAAGCCGCCGCUCUCCGAACCGGUACUGGAAGCACUGAGCGCAGAAGGGUUUCAGUUCUGCACGCCGGUUCAAGCUGCUACGAUCCCCUUGCUAUGCAGCUUCAAGGACGUAGCCGUCGAUGCCGCCACCGGCUCCGGGAAAACCCUAGCCUUCGUUGUCCCCUUGGUAGAAGUCCUGCGUCGAUCCUCCUCUUACCCUCCAAAGCCUCACCAGGUUAUGGGGAUUAUCAUCUCACCAACAAGGGAGCUAUCCUCGCAAAUAUUCAACGUGGCCCAGCCAUUUGUAGCGCCGCUGGCAAAUGUGAAGGGUGUGCUGCUUGUUGGAGGUGGAGAUGUGAAGACAGACAUGAAGAAGAUAGAGGCGGAAGGAGCUAAUUUGUUGAUAGGCACUCCUGGCAGAUUAUAUGAUAUAAUGGAGAGAAUGGGUAUCUUGGAUUUUCGGAGUUUCGAGAUUUUGAUUUUAGAUGAGGCUGAUAGGCUCUUAGAUAUGGGAUUCCAGAAGCAGAUAAAUUACAUUUUAUCUCGCUUACCAAAGCUUCGUAGGACUGGUCUGUUUUCAGCUACACAAACUGAGGCUGUUGAAGAGUUAUCAAAAGCAGGACUUAGAAACCCUGUAAGGGUUGAAGUUCGAGCUGAAACAAAAACAAUGCAUGAUUCAGAAUCAGCGCAACAAUUAGCUUCUUCUAAAACACCUUCAGGCCUUCAUCUUGAGUAUUUAGAAUGUGAAGCAGAUAAUAAACCAUCUCAACUUGUUGAUCUCCUUAUCAAGAACAAAUCUAAAAAAGUUAUAGUAUACUUCAUGACAUGUGCCUGUGUUGAUUACUGGGGAGUUGUUCUUCCACAACUUACUAUCUUGAGGGGUUUCUCCUUGAUUCCUCUUCAUGGGAAAAUGAAGCAGAAAGCAAGAGAGAAAGCACUAGCUUCAUUCGCUCCACUUUCAAGUGGCAUCCUUCUAUGUACUGAUGUUGCAGCACGUGGACUUGACAUUCCAGGAGUUGACUGUAUAGUGCAGUAUGAUCCUCCUCAAGAUCCAAAUGUUUUCAUUCACAGAGUUGGACGAACAGCUAGGUUAGGUAGAGAAGGAAAUGCCAUUAUUUUUCUAUUGCCAAAGGAGGAAGCUUAUGUGGAAUUCCUGCACAUAAGAAGGGUUCAUCUUCAAGAAAGAAAAUGCACAGAUGAUGCUGUGGAUGUUGUCUCUCAUAUUCGAUCUGGUGCAAGGAAGGACCGUGAUGUCAUGGAAAAGGGACUGAGAGCAUUUGUAUCCUACAUCCGUGCAUAUAAAGAACAUCACUGCUCUUACAUUUUCAGGUGGAAAGAACUCGAAAUUGGAAAGUUAGCCAUGGGAUAUGGUCUUUUACAGCUUCCAUCGAUGCCUGAAGUAAGGAAUCACUCACUUUCUACUGAGGGUUUCACUCCAGUUGAGGACAUAAAUUUGGCAGACAUCAAGUAUAAGGAUAAAUCCCGUGAGAAGCAAAGGAAGAAGAAUUUACAAGCAAAAAAAGAAAAAGAAGAAGAAAAAAAUUCCCAGAAGGUCAGCAAAACUUCAAAACAAACUCCUACUAUCAUGAAGAAGAAAACAGCAAAACAGAGACGUGCUGCACAAACAAUAGAAGACGAAGAGGAACUGACCCGAGAAUACCGGCUGCUUAAAAAGCUGAAAAAGGGAGCCAUUGAUGAGAGUGAAUAUGCAAAAUUAACAGGAAUCGAAGAGUUACUUUGACUUGCAAGAUUUAGAGGUUGCGUAUUACCAGCUGUUAUUAGAUUCUGAAGGCAAGAAUUGAAUUAGUAACCUAUUUUCUGGAAACUUAUCACAUCCUUUGGGCUUAUGGAUGUUGAGAACCGGGUGUCAAGGAAUCUAGCUUUAGCUAAUUUGGUUGAUGACCUUUGCUGGUGAAAGGAAAGUGGCACUCAGCUCAAUUUUAGCUUCUGCUUUGAGACAGGGGCACCAGAAAAGCAAGUCACAGUUACUUCUCAUUGAUAGUAGUUUAUUAUGCUGAUUUAUUUACAUGGGAAAUUUUUGUUUGGUUAAGAAGAAAAGCUUUGUAGUUACUGUUGCCAAAAUAGGUGCCUAGAGUUAGGUUAAAUCUUUCAUAGUUAAAGAGGUAGUGCAA